AUGACUUCUCCUGUUUCAUCCUCUGAAAUCGAUCCAUCUAAUCCAUAUUUCAUGCAUCAUGGUGAAAGUCUUGGUUCACUUCUAGUAUCUCAGCAAUUGACUGGACCUGAUGAUUAUCCAAGUUGGAGGCGUGCCAUAAUUUUAGCUAUAUCAGCUAAAAACAAAUCUUGUUUCAUAAAUGGCACAAUAGCAAAGCCAAAGGAUGAAGAUCCUCUGUUUGCAGCCUGGUCAAAAUGCAAUACAAUGAUCCUUUCUUGGCUCUUAAAUGUUGUUUCCAGAGACAUAGCAUCAAGUGUUUUGUAUCAUGAAUUUGCGAAAUAUUUUUGGGAUGAUAUUGCUGUUCGUUUUCAACAAUCAAAUGGACCACGUCUCUAUCAAUUAAAGAAGGACAUCUCCGAUCUGAUGCAAGAAAACCUAACUGUAACAGCAUAUUUUACUAGGCUCAAAGGUUUGUGGGAUGAAUUGUCCAAUUACAUAGCCACUAAGAAAUGUGUUUGUGGUCAAGGAUGUGCAUGUGUAAAGUCAUCUCAUGAAGAUUAUGUGCUGCAAUUUCUUAUGGGGUUAAAUGACACAUAUUCACAAAUUCGUAUACAAAUAUUGUUGAGUGAUCCUCUACCUUCAAUCAACAAAGUAUAUGCAUUGAUUGUUCAGGAAGAACGUCAAAGAGCUGUUACAGGGCAUGUGCCUUCUAUUGAAUCUGCAGCAAUGAUGAGUAAAAAUUAUUCUUCCUCAAAUGCACAUCCGCAAAGACAUUACAAAUAUAACAAGCAAAAGGGGCCAUGUAUCAUUGUGGUUAUGAGAAUCACACAGUAG